AUGAAUAAGGUAAAAUCAAUAAGCAGUGCGAUCUCUAAACAAAAAGUUGCUUCUUCUUCAUACGAUCAAUCAUAUCUCUCUUUGUUAAGAGAAACCUUGGAUGAAGAGUUAUUGCGAGAUCGUGGGUCCAGUAAGCUACUUAAUGAUUCCACAAGAGCUUUUUUGAACUCUACAUGGUAUAAAGACUCGGGAAAGAAUGGCGGUGCUCGAAAGGACAUACUAUGGUUACCAGCUGUUUCUUCGUAUAUGGAUGUGCUACUUAGAGAGCGUAAAUUUAAACAGGCUUUCCAUAUGUUGAGCCUCCUAAAAACAAAUAAAAUUGAAUGGAUCAAACCCCCAGGCGAGACGUUGUAUAAAGACGAAGCAGGUAUUCCGGAAGAGCUCUACUUUGUUUUCAAUAAGAUGAUGAUGUCCAUGACGAGUAAUCGUCUAAAUAAUCAAGAACUCACUGCUAUUUCAAAAUACAACCUUCAUUUGUUACAAAAAUACUGUACUAAAAUUAAUACCAUAUCUCCUUCCAUAUCCUUUCUACUCCGGACUCUAACGAUGAUUACUAAGGGCAGAUCACUAUUGAUGAUUAAAGCGGCCUUGGAAAUAGUUCUGACAAGUUUUCCAAACAUGGCUGCAGUUCAGUGGCAUACCGUAAAACAUAUGACAAUGCUAAGAUUUUAUCAAGAAACCGACCAACGUACCAAACUGAUAGCUUAUUACAGGAACCACAUCCAAAACACUGAAUUGGUACCUUUGUUCAUUGUUCAAUAUGAACUCGAGCGCUUUGUUGAGCGGUUUCUCAUAUCUGGGGAUGAAACUACAGCUAAUCUUGGACUAAAAAAGUACUCGGAUAUGGGGUUUAAAUUAAGACCAGACACCAUUACAGAUUUCAGAGCAUUUAUUGAUCGAAAUAUGCUAAAACAAACUAACAAACUUCUUUUGGAAUUAUAUCCUGACUCUUAUGCACCGUUGCAUAACACCCUCUCCCUUAACGAUGUCGAAGAUUCCAAUAUGGAAUUGGUAUUGGCUAUAUUAAACAAUUCUAAUGUUGACCUUUCACAGUAUGAGAUGAAUUUGGACUUUUUAAUCUCCAAAAUACCACCUCUUCAACAGGGCAGGGAUUAUUACUCAUUUUUCAAAAGUGUGGUAAAACCGAAUUUCAAUCAAAAGAUGAAAUGUGACAUUUUUGGGUUAUUUAUAAAACAUGCCAGUGGUCAGGGUUUUCAAUGUUUUAUUGAAUUUUUGGAAAGCGCUUUUUCUGACCGGGAGAUGGUGCUCCUUUUCGUAGCGAAUGCAACUAAUAAGGCUCGUUAUUCGAACUUCCAUGCAUUUUUUCCUGCAAUGUCGAGCAAUAAACCGACGCAUAAAACUGCCAGUUUAUUGCUCUUCAACUUCUUACAGAAAAAGAUUGCCGAUUCUGUGGAAUUAAUGCCAUUCGACUACUCUGUGCUUUUGAACAAUUCCCUUAAAGGUCAUACACACGAAGAAUUUUACUACUAUUACUACCAUUUUUUGAAGCAGCAUUGUAAAAGUUUUCUUAAAAGUGAUGGUUCCACUUACGAAUUUUGUUUUCCGACAAACAUUAGCAUGUUUUUAUCUACUGCUGCAGAUAAAUUAGGGCAUUCCGUUAUUAAUAUUCAGUCUACGCUUAUAAAAUUCUUUGAGGAAAAUGGGCUUAAUGCUGAACUUUCUCAUGAAGUUAUGCGAACAGCGAUGGUAGAAAAUUUUGUCCCUGAAUGCUCUGUUGAGCGUAUUGAGGAACUUGAAAUGAGGUACCUGGCCAAGAACGGGUCUUCUGCCAGAAACGUCUAUAAUAUCAGACAGGAUAAAAAUGAUAGAGUUCGUUUAGAGAAUCUUCUUCGUAUUAUCGAAGAAACGUGUACAGAUUCCAAUAAUGCUGCACCUGUCCGGAAGUAA